AUGAUAGUCAUCCUAAUCUAUGUGGAUGACGUUAUCAUAACAGGAAAUUGUCUAGCCAAGAUUGAAGAAGUUAAGAAGAAGCUUGAUAAGAAUUUCAGCAUUAAGGAUCUGGGGGUCCUAAAAUACUUUCUCGGGAUAGAGGUUGCAAGAACCAAAGAAGGCUUGGUCCUUAGUCAGCGGAAAUACACGUUGGAUAUUUUGGAGGACAGUGGAAAGAUAGGGUGCAAGCCCAGCUCGACUCCGAUUGAACAAGGUUUAAAGGUAGACAAAGGAGAAGAAAAUGAACGGGUUGAUGCUAGUCAAUACCGUCGCCUGGUUGGGCGACUUCUAUACUUACAAGCAACUCGACCCGACAUCACGUACUCGGUUAACAUUCUGAGUCAAUUUGUUGCGGACCCGAGAAGCAACCAUUUGGAGGCAGUUAAUCGCAUUCUCGGUUAUUUGAAAGCCACCCCGGGGCAAGGUAUUCUUCUUUCGCGUACGGGAGAUUCUACAUUAUCCGCCUAUUGUGACUCUGAUUGGUUAGGAUGCCCGUAUACCAGAAGAUCACGGACCGGGUACUUCCUUUUACUUGGGGGUACGCCUAUCUCGUGGAGAACUAAGAAGCAAUUCGUUGUCUCUCGUUCUUCAGCUGAAGCAGAAUACCGAGCUAUGGCCACUACUGUGAGCGAAAUUAUUUGGGUACGUUGGUUGCUCAGUGAGCUACGGGUUCACAUCACCUCGCCUACUCCCUUGUUCUGUGAUAACCAAGCGGCUCGUCACAUAGCAAACAAUCCCGUUUAUCACGAGAGAACGAAACAUGUUGAAAUGGACUGUUUUUUUGUUCGUGAACGCGUAGAGUCAAAGGAAAUUAUCCCGAUGAACAUAAGCAGUAAGAUGCAAAUUGCCGACUUGUUAACCAAGGGCCUUUCAAGACAGCAACUCGUUUUUCUUCUUGGCAAGAUUAGCAUGACAAAUUUACAUGCUUCAUCUUGA